UUAUAAUAUGAACUUGGGAGAAGUAUCCAAGAACCCCUAAACCCGCUCUGUCUACCUAAACAAUUCCUUUCACAAGAUCUAGACUAAACCACAUAUCAUUGGUCCAGACCAAUCCUCCGGGAACAAACAAAAACAAAAGAACAAGACAAGAACAAGUUGUCAUUUCCUGAAAAUACCAGUCGAACAAUGCGUUGUUUCCAAUAUAAAUUCAAACCCAAUAAUAAUCCAAGUUAUUCUUUUUUCCUCAUCCAUCAUCUGAUCUCAAAUCUUCUUACAACUUCAAUCUUUGACUUCAACACCUGAAACCAAAGCUAGAAACCAGUAAUUCGACAUCCAGAUCUUAAAUCUAACCGCCACCAAGCAAAUCAUUCUCAAGAUGGAUUCCCAAAAUAUCCCACCCCCAAACUCAUCCCCAAACUCAUCCCCAAACCAAUCCCCAAACCAAUCCCCAAAAUUAUCCCCCAGAACCCUUAGCGCCAAGCUAAGUGAGAUUCUCACGAUGACUAACGCUUUCCAAGAUGGUAACACUCGUAAGAGUGCCUCUUCGGAGACACCCGCGGAAUCAUCCCGACUAUCAUCUCCCCCAGCAUCUUCCGUACCUGUGGAUGAUACGUGGACCACUCGAACCUACUUUUCAUGUUCCCAUGAUGAUUCUUGUAUUCUCCUGGGCUGCGUUAUGAUCGAGGAAUUUAUCCAAUCUCUCGAACAAGAAAGCCGAGACGAGACGGAAGUGGGGCUGAUGGAGGGCGCGGUGUUUAUAUUUGAAAAUGCAAGACGAUAUGCUGAGUUAACACUCUUAAUUUACCUGAGUGAAGAGAGGAAUGAUAUACGUCUUGAGGAGGUGAUGAAGGAGAUGAGGGAGGUGGAAGAAAAGCAAGAGGAUGCGCUAAGGAAGUUUCAAGAGAUCGGGGCAAGAAAGAAUUCUGGGGGAGUAUUUUACAGGAGAAAUAGCAUUUGAUAGUAGGUUGAUGCAGACUUUCCUUUGCAGCUUUUUCCUUUCUCCAAUGGACGCUGGCACGUCUUGUCUUUCCUAAACAGUCGAAACGAUCCGAAUCAGAAAUUGAACAAGAAAAACAACGAUUGAUUGUAUGUUGAUCCGAGAUUUUCCUUUUUAGAUUUCUUUUGCUUUCCGACAAAUAAAGAAACCUUUUUCCUAAAUAACAAACAUGUUAAACAAAAUUCU